AUGUCCAUUACAUCGCCAAGUGCAGCUCAGCUUACCAGUACGACUUCAAAGCUGGAGAAAGAGGGUAGAAGAAGAAAGAGAAGAUCCGGUGGACCGGGAAAGAAAGGAAAGGUGUUUCUAGAAGAUCGAGCAGGUCUUUUAUCUCUUAUUGAUAAAGUCACCAAUACACAAGACGAAAAGACUGAAAAUAAAUUAUCAAGAGUCAAGAAUGUCGUUCAUGGUGAAGAAGAAGAAGCUUCUACUUUAAGAAAAGAGAAAGGUAAAGAAGAUAAGGAAAAGAGAAAAGUGGAGAAAGAGAUGGCUUUGAAAGGUCUCGAUCUUCUCAUAUUCCUCCAGGCAUCCGUGUUCGACAGUGAUUUAUACAUCGUAGAAUAG